AUGGUCGGGCGGACGGAGGAGACGAAGGGCCCUUGGGGGCCAGGCGGCAGGACAGAGAGCCACCGCGGCCACCAAAAAGGCUGUGUUGCCUCCCCGUCGGGGAAUCGAACCCCGGUCUCCCGCGUGACAGGCGGGGAUACUCACCACUAUACUAACGAGGACGGCGGCGACCGCCCUGCCGCCCGGCCCCUCUCGGGCUCUCGGGCUGCCUGCCCACGCCUCCCCCGUGCCCAGCACGGGCCCCGACCCGACCGCCCACCAAACCAACCGCCUCGGUCACAGAGGCGGCCCGCGACCCCGACACGGACCCGGACCCCCCGGGGCACCGGACACUCCUCGUGCGCGCCGCCUCUUGCCUCCAACGCGGCCAUUCCGCCGGGAGAAGGGGGUCCGAGAAGGCAAGCGAGGCUGCGAGGACACGGUGGGCGCGCGCCGGCCCGCGUCUGGCGAGGAGGGGCGCGGGUGAGGAGGGGACGGCCCGCCAAGGGCCGGGCUGGGUCCGGGGCGCGACCGGCGGCGCAGCCAGGCGCCUCGGCCGGCCCCGUCGCUCACCCACGCCAGACGGCCGCCUGCCUGCCUGGCGCGGCGCACCGCGCGGCCCGCCACGGGCGCCGGGGCUCGCGCCGCGUCGGGUCUCAGCCAGGCGAGCGGCCACGCGCCCGCCCAGGCCCGCCGUCAGGAUGGCCGAGCGGUCUAAGGCGCUGCGUUCAGGUCGCAGUCUCCCCUGGAGGCGUGGGUUCGAAUCCCACUCCUGACAAGCCAGCCUUUUGGCCCGCCGGACAAACGCACCCGUCCUCCCCGCGCCACAGCCUUUCUCCACACACGCCCGCCCCCCGCCACCAGGAACCUUCAGUCCUUCUCAGCGCAGCUUUCCUCCCCAGGUGUCUGCGGCUGCAGCUGCUGCUUUUCCGGCCUCCCCGCCUGCGCCUCGCGCACCCUCGCCCACCCUCCCCCUCGCAAGGCCCCACCCCGCCCCACCCCCGUCGGCGCCGACGCACGCGGCCCCGCGCCGGGUGGCGAGCCCUCCUCGCUUCGCGGGCGCCGCGACUUCUGCCUGCUGAACGGCCAACUCGCUCUCGCAGCCUUGCUUCCACGUCCGCCCCCGGCCGCUCUCCCUCCGGCCGGCACCCUGUCGUCCGCGCCCGCGCCGCCGGCCCGCCUGCGCCACCCAGCCACACCCAGGCGGCCGAGCCCCCCCGCCUUGCCCGCCAGGGGGCUGCUGCGUGCCCUCCACGCUUCUCCGCCUUGCGGCCUCGGCCGGGCCACACCUGCCUGCCUCCCGCCCGGGACGCGCGCCACGCACCCUUGCUGCGGGCCGGCGAACACCGGCCUUCCGUGCACGAACCCCCCAGCCCGCGCCCCGGCCCUCGGCGCCACCGCGCCCGUUCCCGGGGGGAGGGGGGGGAAGCCGCCGCCCGGGCCGGAGCCAAGCGCGGCCUGGCGUGCUCCCUGCCUCAGCCGGCAGUCCCCGAGCCAGGAGCCGCUCUGCCCAAGGGCCCCUCCUCACCACCACCACCACCCACCCUGUCAGAGCGGAGCGCCCGCGAGCGCCGUCGGCCAGAGCGCAGGAGCCAGGCUCACAACGCCUUUGGGUCCUGGGGCCUGAGCGCCGCUCGGGGCGGCGGCGGGGGCGCCCCGGGGAGUCGCGCUCCCGCGCUCGCGAGCACCCAGCACAGGCCGAGCCCGGGGUCCCGGCCCCCGCCCGCAAUGGUCGCUGAGAGGAACGUCGGCGCGCGGCCGCGGCGACCACGCAGCGCCUGCCCACGCAGACGGCGUCGGCUCCUGGCCCCCUCGGGCGACACCGACAGCGUCGCGGCGGCCGUGGUCGGCGCAGAAGGCGCGGGACCGGCCGAGUGGGCCGGCGGCCCGCCGCCCCGGGGUCCCUCCGAGAGCGCCGCGCCCUGGGGUCCUGCACGUGCCCGGACCCUGGCUUUGAGGUCGGCUGCCCGUCGUCUCCUGCUCGGAUGGAGCAGACAGAUGCCCACUGGGCGAGCGGUGAGCAGUGACGGGCGGGUGUUGGCCAGCGCCUCUGGGGCGGCGUCGGGCGGCGGCGGCCACCGGUGCAUGGGUGGUUCAGUGCUGCCCACGACCCCUCCCGCCCCCACACACGGCCCUGCUGCCAAGCCGCUGUGGCCCCAAGCCCUGCGGGCUCAGCCGCCCGUGUGCCCAGACACCUCCCUUGUGGUUGCUGGCUUCCUCACCCGGACCCAGCCGGUGGCUCACGGAUUGCGCUGGAAGGCACACCCCACCUCUGGCAGCCGCCGGCCCCACCUCUUCACCUUUCCCAACCGCAUCUUCGUGGGUGAGCCGCUGGGGAUGGGCACUAGGGGUUUCUCCCCGUCUUGGCUACGGCAAACGGUGCUGCCACGACCCUCCAGAGUCAUCCCUCCACCGCUGCCCUUCCGCCUGCCUUACACCAAGGCGGUUUUCUGCCGUCCUAGCCAGCGCCCGGAGCCCCAGCCCACCGCCGAGCCUGAGCAACCUGCGGCACCGCGCGCCAGGGUGGCACGCACGCUCACCCGCCAGCCCGCCCACACGGCGUGCUCUCCCACCACCUCCCUCACGCCACAGCCCCCUCAGGGUCACCGCCUGCCCUCUGCCUCUCCCGCCAGACCCCAGGCUCGGCCCCAUCUACCCGCCACUGUUCCCCUGCAGCCCCGGGCCAUCCCUCACACGCCCUGCCCUGCCCUGGCGUUCACCAGUGCGGGCCUGCCUCCAGCUCCGCAGACCCACCCCUGCCACCCGCCCACCCCGACCGCAGACCUGUCCCAGCCUCACACGGGUGCCUGGCACGGCGUCGCCACCGCCUCCAUGCUUCUGCAGAGGCCCUGCUCGAGUGGCCGGCCCAUCUUUCGGCCAGGUCCCCGCGAGUCCCAUGCCUCCCCCUUCCCGCCGGCCCUCCACGCAGACGCCACGCCCAAGCACCCCUGGGCCUGCCUCCCUGCACCCUGCUCGCUGCCGCCCCCUCUCCCUGCGAUGGCUCUGCCCCGGUCCCUGAUCCUCGUGGGGCACCCACCAGCCAUGGCCCCAGGCAGCUUCGUCCCGCACUCUCACCCACGCACGCUGACGCCCACGGCCCCGGCAGGGGCGUCGAGGAAACCUCCUGCGGCGAUGGCUAGCACGCGUCAGGCCACAGGUUCUCCUUUUGCCCAGGGGACUCAGCUUUGUCCCGUCGCCCCCGAGCGUGCCGCCCUCGCCGCAGGAUGGUGCCCUUCGUCGGCCGUCCACUCCCCCACCCCACCCCCCAAAGGACACAGUCCUUCAACAGUCGUGAAACCCUUUGGGGUUACAGACGGGCUCAAGAUUGGGCUAAGGGGAGAUUGUGGGUGGCGAUGA